CUUCAUGUGUGUGUGUGUAUUUAUAUAUACACAUCUACUGUUUUACUGUUUACAAGCAAAGGCCUUUUAAUCGCUGCUGCUAAGGACGUCCAAAGUACACGAGACACAUAUUGAUUUUAAGGCCACGCAUAGCAUCUUGUUGGUUCAUGUAUCUGAACCCUUCGUGUCUCAUUUCUAAUUCAGACAAUGCGGAAUAGUGCGUUAUGGGUGACAGCACCCAGCAUUAUAACAGUGUCACGCAGACACACACACACACAGAGACAGUGUGACACGCCUUUCUUUUGACGCACAUGGGUCGAUCACCUCAACUGCUGUUGCAGCUUAAAAAACUAAAAAAGAGGGGGAAACUGUUGUAUUACAUAUGUAAGCCUAAAUUAAAUGGCACCAUGCCUACCAGUGGAGCAAACAACACCCAGGGGACUCCAGCAGAUACAGUAAGAUUAAUGCUUGGAUAGGUUUUUAUUUUGAACUUAAGUGUCAUAUAUGGCAUAUUCUAUUGUCGGGUUGGGGCUUUAAAAAGUAGCCUAUAUCCCUAUUUUGCGUGGACCACCCGAACAACAUGCCUUUGACAGAAAAGGAUGAGUUGCCAGAACUAAAAUGCAAGACAAGAUCAGCAUGAGUGAUUUUGCCCUCCCUGGGGAGCUUGGCUUUUUGCAGGAGCUUGCAGGUUUUCCCCUCUCUCCUGCUGCGUCUGCGUCAAAUGAUGCUCAACUUUCAGGCCUAUAUAUAAGCAGCUGUCUGAACGGCACUUGCAUCUCACUUCUCUCAUCCUACCUCUUUCUCUCUUUCUCUCACUUCACUCGGGUACUGGAGAUAAGUCAAGCGAGGACCAGCAUUUGAACCACCGCAACCAUGAGUUUUAUCGACUACUCCAACAGUUCCUAUCGGAAGAUGUUUGGAGAGGCCCCCCGCCACUCCGGUCGCAUCUCUGUCAGCAGCAGCCCCUCUCGAUUGUCCUCUGGGUACCGCUCCGGAGCUCACCGCACCUAUGGCUCUCCAUCGUCCAUGCUGUCCUCUAGCUACCGCAGCAAACUCGGCUCCGGCCGCAACCUGCAGGAGCCCAUUGAUUUGACGCAGUCUACAGCCGUCACCAACGAGUUGAAAAUCAUCCGCACCAACGAGAAAGAGCAGCUGCAGGGUCUGAACGACCGCUUUGUGUCAUUCAUCGACAAAGUACAUAAUCUCGAGCAGCAUAACAAGGUCCUGGAGGCUGAGGUGGCACUUCUCCGCCAGCGCCACAAUGAGCCGUCCCGACUCCAUGACCUGUAUGAGCAAGAGAUCCGCGAACUCCGGGCACGAGUGGAAGAACUUACCCACGAGAAGAGCCAAAUGCACCUCGACUGCGUGCAGAUGAACGAAGCGUUGGACCGGGUGAAGGAGAAGCUUGAUGAAGAGACGAAGCUCCGGGAAGAAGCCGAGAACACCCUGAAGACAUACCGCAAGGACGUGGACGAUGCCACCCUGGUCCGAUUGGAACUGGAGAAGAAAGUUGAGUCCCUGCUGGACGAGAUCGCCUUCCUCAGGAAAGUCCACGAGGAGGAGCUGCAGGAGAUGCAGGCGUCUAUGCAGGCUACACAGGUGUCUGUUGAGAUGGACAUGAGCAAGCCAGACCUGGCCGUGGCUCUGAAGGACAUCCGUGCCCAGUACGAGCACCUGUCAGCCAAGAACCAGCAUCAGGCUGAGGAGUGGUACCACUCCAAGAUCGCCAGCGUGAGCGAGGCGGCUGCCCGCAACAACGACACCAUCAAGCAGACCAAGGACGAGCUGAGCGAGUACCGCAGACAGGUGCAGGCCCGCACCCUGGAGAUUGAGUCCCUCAGGAGCCACAACGAGGCCCUGGAGAGGCAGCUGGCUGAUAUGGAGGACCGCCACGGCAACGAGACCGGAGAGAUGCAGGACACAAUCCAGCAACUGGAGGCGGCCCUGCGCAGCACUAAGGGGGAGAUGUCUCGCCACCUGCGCGAGUACCAGGACCUGCUCAACGUCAAGAUGGCCCUGGACAUUGAGAUUGCUGCCUACAGGAAGCUUCUGGAGGGUGAGGAGUGUCGUCUGACCACCAUGGGUGGGGCAAUGCUGCAGUCGGGCUACUCCGGCUUCUCCUACUCCUCCCGCCCCUAUGCCCUGGGCUCUUCUGCCCCCUACAGGAGGCGCGGUGCCAAGCCCGAGGAAGAGGACGAAGUAGAGGACAAAGAGGAGGAAGAAGGAGAGGGAGAGGAGGAGGAGGUUGAGGGAGAGGAGGGAGAGGAGGGAGAGGAUGGAGAUGAUCAGGAAGAGGGUGAGGAUGAUGAGGGAGGAGAUGAUGAAGAGGGAGAGGAUGAGCAGGAGGAUGAGAAGGAGAAAGAACAAGAGAAGGAGAAAGAGAAAGAUAAGAAGAAGGGAGGCUCUGCCAUCAAGAGCAGCAAGUAAACUGCUUGUUGUGACACCCGCUCCCUCUUCACUCUUGCACUCAUUCACUCAUUUGCUCACUAAUUUCACUCACUCAGUCAGACACUCAUCAGGAUCACUCUUGUGUCACUCUCUCUCUGACCAAGCUAAUGAGGAAAUUCCUCUCUGUCACAGACACACAGACACACACAUGCACACACACACACACACACCACACAUGCACACACUCACAAACACAAAACAGCCUAUUUUUGUCUCAUGUUUCUGACUUUGCUUUUUGAUUGGAGAAGGUCUUGUGAACACAGGCUGAAAAUGAUUUAGUCUUAGAGAGGAACUUCUUUAUCUGCUUUGUGGUAAAAGGGAGGAGACUACAGCAUGCUUCUUCAGCCGGUAUAGAAAGGGAUAUUUUAUCUAUGUAGCAAACUGAGGAUAGUCAAGGAACCGCAAACAGACCUUUGAAUGUUCAGAUGGCUAGGAACUGAAUGCCUUAAACAGAGCGCUUAUGAAUGAGGAGGUACUGAGGCACCAGUGUGCCCAGAGAUACCCAUUUACAAUGUGCCAUUAUUGCCAAUAUAGCAGUGUCGAUCAAAUAACCCUUGAAGGUGGCUGUGGGGUAUUCAUUUGGUAGCCUACUGCUGACCAUAUGGAGAUCUGGUGCAAGAGGACCAAUUUUAAUGGUCCCAACUUUAAGGUGCUAUCUGAUUUCCAACAACAAAAUAAGAAUGGGAGAUGAAGUAAGCAUAUAGUGUCAUCAGAAAAAGCGCUUGAUAAUGUGCGUCUAGUGAAUGUUUAAGUGAAGAACCCAACAGAGAUGCAAAUCAUCCCGCGGUUGGUGAAAUUUCAUAAUUCAGAUGAACCCCCUAUCACCUCUGGCCACACGGCUUGUUACUACACCUGUGUGUUUGUGAAAUUAUGCAUUGCACCAUGUUUUUUUUCCCUUUCACUCUUCUAAUGAACAGAAAACAUACAACAAUAAAUAAGUGGUUCCAUUCCUCAUCAAUCCAUCUCUCUCACCGCGUUGGUCACAGCACGGCAAAAGUGGCACCUUGGAAUUUCAAAACAAAACUAUCCAAAUAAAAUAGAUAUUUAGUUAAUUUGGAGGGCACAGAAUUUGGAGGCCGGUGUAUUUUCGCAACAAUGCUCUUGUGGAAUGAUAACAAAAUAGAAAAUUAAAAAAACGUCUGCUGCUAUAUACUGUCCUAUACCUUUUCUGUUUGAAAAUGACUUCCUCUUGAUUGAUUCAUUUGUCUUCACUUUCAUGCCCUCUCCCAGAUUAGUAGCUCAAAUGGUUUCACUCUCCGCCCUGCAGUAGAUCAGCAGAACGGCACCCCGAUCAGUGAGCCCCAGCUAGCUAGCCUGGGUAUGUGAGUGUGCGUAUGUAUGCUCGGCAGCCUGUCUCGAACAGGGUGAGGGGCUGGUAGCUCUUAUGGUGAGGCAGGUGGUCAUGACGGUGACAGCACUCCAUUCUCUCUGCUGGUGACAGCCAGACGAGAGGUCACGCAGUGAAGUCACUGUCUUAUCGUUCCGCGCCACAGUUAAGGGCUAUUCAAAACCACUAUUUCCAUUCCCUCUACCACACUGCAGUCCAGGCCCGAAUUCACAGACGUCAAUGUGGUCAAUGUGGUCAUGGAGGUAGAAUGAGUGACAGAACAACCCUACAGAACUGUAAGAAUAAGAGCUGUGUUUUAUUUUUUCAUUGAGACGAUAGCAGUGAAUGUGUGGUUGUGGUUAAAAUGCUGUAAAGCGCCUUGAGACAACUUUAUUGUUUUGGCGCUAUAUAAAUAAAAUUGAAUUUAAUUGAAUUGGAAAAAAAAGAGUUGUUAGAUGAUGAGUAAAAAUAGCCGCUGAGGACAGCUAAUUUGUCUACAGCGUUUGGCCAAUUUCCUAUAGGAUCAUGGAGCAAAGUGAACUUUUCUCAGAGUUAUUCUUAUUAUCUCAGCAGGGUAUGUGAGAGAAUGUCUGUAAUUGUUUUGAAGUUUCUGAAAAGGGAAUUGGAUGCGCUGUGGAGAGAGUCUUCACAUUUCACUCCCCCUGAUUUUCUCUGAUAGGUGAAUGAAUCAAGAGCAAGUACUUGCAUGGCCUGAUUCUCGGAGCUUGACAAAUAUGAGAGGAUAGGAUAGAUUUGCUUGUUGUGUCUAAAAAAAUGUAAAUGCCUUAACCAUGAACGAAAGCAGUCUUCACUUGCAUUGUCACAUGUUGGAGGUGGUUCAGGAAUGCUGACACUUUACAGACCGUUCUGCUAUACUACUGUGACUGUAUGUGCUACAUCAUACAGUGAUAUUCUUUCCAAAGCCAAAUAAAGCCAUUUACUAACCAAA